CGAGUGUCCGGGCAGAGUGAAGGAAGAGAAAAAGGAGGAAAUCUGCUCUGAGGAGGGGGCAGGAGACUGAAGCAAAGAAGCAAAGAAGGAGAGGGGGAAGAGAGUCUCCUGGGGCAAAAGGAGGAGGAGGGGGGUGCAAAAUGGUGCUGGGGGCAAAUAAGCUGGAAUAAGAGUUGCGCACACUUGAAGUGGAAUAACUCUGCUGCGAUGGAUAAGUGCAUGAGUGCAUGAAGAACAAAAGGCAAAAGAGGAGGAGGAGGAGGGCAGCAUGGAUAUACACAGGGGUAAAAAGGUCUCAGGCUCCAGAUGUCCGAUCCCCUGGAGGUUUACUGGGUUCAGCCCCAGUGGAGUGUGACAGCCAGGAGUGCAAAGGCCAGGCUGGAGGAGGCAUGGGCUGGGCGCUGGGCACCAUGAGUCCUGCCAUGCUGUGAUAUUUUAGCAUGGAUGGCGUCAGCCACAGAACCUGUGCCCUCUAACAAGACCACUGGACGACUGAGGUGGAGGACUAGCAAUUACAAAAGGAUUAGCCAUUUGACUUCCUGUGAACUUUGCAUUAGCGUAAUCUUUUAAAAGGACUUUCUUCCUUCCUUUGCUGGAUUUACUUCUUCUGCGUUCUCCUCCUUUAAACCACACAUUCUGUGUUUAUUGUUAUAAUUAUUUGAAUACUUUCCUUCUUCAUUUUGGUCUCACGAUGGAGUUCCAGGUGGGGCUGUGGAAUAAUGAUUGGACAUCAUGCUUUCGGUUUUGGUUUACUGUGCUGCUGAGUCUGCAAGUGCAGUUUGGCCCUGUGGCCCCCUGUCCCAAAGAGUGCCGCUGCGACAAAACGUUUGUUUACUGUAAUGAGAGGAGUCUGACGUCCGUGCCUCUGGGAGUGCAGGAGGGAUACAAAACCCUCUUCCUCCACAACAACCAGAUUAACAACGCUGGCUUUCCGCUGGAGCUGCACAAUGUGGCUUCAGUGGAGAUUGUCCACUUGUAUGGGAACCAGCUGGAUGAGUUCCCCCUCAACUUGCCGAAGAAUGUAAGAGUGCUCCAUCUGCAGGAGAACAACAUCCAGACCAUUUCCAGGGCAGCCCUGGCCCAGCUACCCAUGCUGGAAGAGCUACAUCUGGACGACAACUCCAUCUCCACCGUAGGGGUAGAGGAAGGGGCUUUUCGGGAAGCAGUCAGCCUCAAACUCCUCUUUCUCACCAAGAAUCACCUGAGCAGCGUCCCCAUCGGAUUACCGACAGACCUGAAAGAGCUGCGUCUGGAUGAGAAUCGCAUCGCUGAAAUAGACGAAGAGGCAUUUCAGAAUGUAACCAGCCUGCAGCGGCUCCUUUUGGAUGGCAACCUUCUGGAAGAUGAGGCCAUUGCUCCUGGAACCUUCCAGAACCUGGUCAACCUGAAGGAAUUGUCCUUGUCUCGCAACUCUCUGAUAACUCCACCACCGCUGCUUCCUGGAGCAUCCCUGAUCAAGCUCAACCUGCAGGAGAACCAGAUGCAAGACAUCCCUGUAACAGCUUUUGCUGGGCUUGGAAAGCUGGAGAGACUUGAUAUCUCAAGUAACUUGCUUCAGGCAUUGCCACUGGGAGUCUUUGAUGGCCUGAUAAGUUUAACACAUAUCAAUGUCCGGAACAACCACUGGCGUUGCGAUUGCUCCAUCAAGUGGGUUAUUGCCUGGCUCAAGUCCCUGCCAUCCUCUCUGAAUGCCCGUGGGUUCACAUGUCACAAACCAGAGAGGGUACGGGGCAUGGUGAUCCGAGAGCUCACUCUGGAAGCCCUCCAGUGCCCAGCUGGCACAGAACUCCAUCCAUGGUUCACUACUCAGGUACCUCCAUCUACAUCAACACCUCACAGAACAACCAGUCCUCCCAGCAACAUCCACACUACAACCUCAUUCACAACUUCCAACCCAACCUCAUCUAGUCCCACACCACCUGCACCCCAUAUCCCACCUGGUCCGUUUCCACCCUAUGAUGACCCUUUGAACAUGUCCUUGUAUGUAGUGAACUCCACCAGCAUAAAUGUGAGCUGGGAGUCCUAUUUUACUGUCACAGCUUACAAAGUCACCUGGGUCAAGAGAAGCCAGUAUCUCAUGACUGACAUGAGCCAGGAGAGGAUGGUCCCAGGGGACCAACGGAGGCUUAGCUUGCAUAACUUGGAGCCUGGAUCCAUGUACCGCAUCUGUGUGUACAUUCUGGAUACCCUUAACAGUUACAGACCGGGAGAGGAUACAAUUUGUUCGGAAGUCAAGACUUCCAGCUCCAAUAAGGUAACGGAGUCUGAGCGAACUGUCCAGCAAGAUAGCACUUCCACGCUUCUGUUGGCUGGAGCGAUAGGUGGAGUACUGUUCGUGGUCUUGGUGACUCUUCUCAGCCUAUUUUGCUGGCACAUGCACAAGAAGAGCAGGUCAUCCUCGUCAAAAUGGAAAUAUAACAGGGGCAGGAGAAAAGACGACUACUGUGAGGCCGGCACCAAAAAGGAUAAUUCCAUCCUGGAAAUGACUGAAACCAGCUUUCAGAUAGUUUCACUGAACAAUGAGCAGCUUUUAAAGGGCGAUUUCAGAAUCCAGCCCAUCUACACUCCCAAUGGAGGCAUUGGGUACAGAGACUGCCAUCUCAGUAACAAUAGCAUCGCAUACUGCAAAAGCAGCAACGUUCCGAGUGUGGACUUUUGCCACACGUGAUGCUACAGCUGUUUUCAAAAACAAAAAAUGUAGUUUAACAUAUACUGUACUAUAUGCAUAUACGUAUAUAUAAAUAUAUAUAUAUAUAUAUAUAUUUCCAGGUUGAGUCAACAUGGUAAUUUAUACUGUGGACAAUUAUGUGGCUGUUUUUUAAUUUCACUCUUAGUAAAUAUGAUACAAAUGGUUUUGUAAUUAGCGGGGCUUGCUCAAGGGUGGCGCAGUUGUAUUUGUACAAUCAUGGCACGUGGGAUAUCUGGCAUAUAAGCGCGGUCCAGGUUUUUUUUUUUUGCCUCUUGGGUGUUAACGUAGGCCUGGAUACUUUGCUAACCACAGAAUCUCAAUAUGCCCUUUGCUCUGAAAAACAGCAGCCCCUUCACAGAAUAGUAGUUAAGACAACACAGUGGUCAGGAAAACUAAACACCACUGAUUAGCCUGCAGUAAGUGAAAAAAAUAGGAGCUGCUUGAAAUGAAGUGCACUUUCUUAACGUGGCAGAGAGCGUAAGUAGCCGUUCAGGAAAUGAGUUUUUGUGAAAGUCAGAUUGUGAAGGGAAAAGGUUGUGCUUUUCAACACCCUGACGCUCAGACAGGAGCAAGCGAAGAGCACUGAAUGAGCUAGCGAGAAUGCCAGAAGUGCUUUACAGGCCAGCAUUCACCAGGGCAGGUGGGCUUUUUUCGGUUGUUGCCACGAUAGGGCAGCUUUUCUUUUAACUCUCUUUCCAGAGGGCAGCUUUUCAUAGAUUCUUUCAGCCAUUACCUAAAACAUUCGGUUCUUGUUUCAUGUUGCUUUUGCGAUCUUGGUAUCGUGUCUACGUCAUGUCAAACAAUGCAUAUGUAUUGAGUUUUGCCGGUUUUCUUCCUUUCAGUUUUCUCCCUUCUGAACAGCAGGUGCACAUUUAAUCUGUUCAAAUAUUCAGGAGACACUUAAUCUAAAGCUACACACGGUCCCUGCAUCUCUCUUUUGUGUGCCCUAAUUAGCCACCCUAAUUAUUUUGGAGGACUUACAAAUUAGGCUCGAGCUUUAUGAAGGUCUCUCCGACUUUCCCUCUGCUUUCAAGUGUCUGUGAUUAGGAAUGCUCUACAGGUACCCUCACACACCCAGCUUGGCCUGCUGUUUAUUUUCCCCCCCUCUUUCUCUGAUCAAGAGCCUAAUCAGGCAACGGUUCACACACGAAGAUGAAUCGAGGGCCCCCACACGAAAAAAGAGAGCUUUUCUCAAGCCCAGAGAACUGGCACAUGCCAGAGCUCUGUCUGCCGCAGAAAGCACUUCAGAACCCUGCAUGAGCGCAAUUAAAACUAUUUUUAAUGCUGCGUCGGUUUUCUGAGCCCGAGCGCCUAGUUAGGAAUGCAGCCUCACCGUGGAGGAGUCUUUAUUAUGCACUGUUACUCAUAGACUUUAUUUGCUUUGACAAGAUUUUAUUUUGUGGGCCGAGUUCAAAGAAGCCCCUCUCCGGCUCUCCGCCUUCCUGUCGCUCAUAAUCCUGCUCCAAAAAA